ACAUGUAAACAAAUUUUAACAAACUAAUCGUAAGAGGAUUUUGCAGAAAUAACUCGCGAAUCUCCACUAUUGUGUAUGAGUCAAGGCUAGUUAAAAAUUAGAAAGAAAGUGACUCAAAAAGCCUUCGUUUAUCGUCCGUAAAGUGAAGAUGAAGUGAAGAAAACAUUACUGCCGUGUUCCAAACAAACAAGUCAAAGUUCUGUACUGAUAGGCGUUGGUUGGCCCGUUGCCCAAAAACUAAGGAUUGUCGUGCUUCGCAUGUUAAUUGAAGUAAUCGUACGAAAUAGACGUGACAGAUUGUUACUUAACUAACCACAAUGCACAUUUAAAUUAAAGACUUAUCAAGAAUAAUAUGUAUCCAAGCACCAAUCCACCACCACCUGGUAGCCAUGGCUAUACACCAGGAGGCUAUCCACCUCCACAGGGAUACCCAUCACCACCCCAAGGAGGUUAUCCUCCACCCCAGGGUGGCUACCCUCCACCUCAGGGAGGAUAUCCGCCUUCCCAAGGAGGUUAUCCUCCCCCACAAGGAUACCCUCCACCUGUUCAGGGAUAUUAUGGUCCUCCACCAGGGGGGUAUCAUCCCCCAGGGGGAUAUGGACCAGGACCAGGAGGCCCUAUUACUAACCAGCCUGGUGUCCAGCCUGGUGGAAUGGACGGUGGUUGGAUGAGUAUACCUCAAGGUGGAAUCAACUGUCCACCCGGAUUGGAAUACCUUACUAUGAUUGAUCAAUUACUCAUUAAACAAAAAGUUGAAAUUUUAGAAGCAUUGACUGGGUUUGAAACAAAAAAUAAAUUUACCAUUAAAAAUAGUUUGGGACAAAAAGUUUACUUAGCUGUAGAAGAUUCUGAUUGCUGUACAAGAAAUAUUUGUGGACCUAUACGUCCUUUUGAGAUGAAAAUAUUGGACAAUUACAAAAACGAAGUUAUUCAUUUACAUCGCCCCCUUGCCUGCGAUUCCUGUUGUUUUCCAUGUUGCCUUCAGAGUAUGGAAGUGUAUGCUCCACCUGGAAAUUUGUUAGGAAUAGUUCAACAAGAGUGGAGUUUAUGUUACCCUAGUUUUUCUGUUCAAAAUGCCGCUGGUGAGACAGUUUUACGCAUAGAAGGACCUAUUUGCACAAUGAGUAUUUGUGGAGACGUCGAAUUUAAAAUACUCUCAAGAGAUGGCGAAACUCAAGUUGGAAAAAUAUCAAAGCAAUGGUCUGGGGUAAUGAGAGAGAUGUUUACCGAUGCUGACUAUUUUGGAGUAACCUUCCCAUUAGAUUUAGAUGUUAAAAUGAAGGCAGUUAUGUUAGGCGCUUGCUUUCUAAUAGAUGUUAUGUUUUUCGAAAAAACCAAUAAUAACUAACACCCAGGUUCCAUGAGUAAAUAAAAUAAUAAAAUGUAUAAUCCAAUUGACUGCAAAUUACAUAUAUAUAUAUAUAAUCGCGUUAUACCAAAUGAAGGAAUACGAUCUUAUUUUUUAAAAUGCUCUUUUUGCACCAAAAUAUUUUUCAUUGUAAACGAUUUUAUACUCCUGUGUUUUUAUCGAUUUGUGUUUUAUAUGUUUUUUAUUUUUUUGCAUUUAUUUGAUACUGUAUAAUGUAAGGUAUUUUAUAUUGUGUUCAGAUCUUGAAUUUGUAUCUAUAUUUACACUAUUAAAGUUGUAUUGUUCACAAUAAAA